AUGGCGCCAGCUGCACCAGGACCCAUGUAUGGCAAGGACGAAAAGGCGCUCUGCUUCCAUCACGAAUUGCUCUACGAAGCAAAGGUGCUCGACUCGCGACACACUGAUCAAAAUGACAAGAAAUCCCCCCUACGAGUACAAGGUCCAUUACAAGGGCUGGAAGAACACGUGAGUUUGCGACGUCUACAAACAUUCAUCACCGCUCUGCACAGCAAAAUGUCUCCUGUUGUGGCCCUUUCGGCAUCCCGAACCCACAACACCAUCUCUAUCUCCACAUAUUCCAUCUUCAUUCCAUCGCACGGACGGUGGGAUGACUGGGUCCCUCAAGAUCGCCUGCGCAAGUACAACGACGAGAAUCUUGAACUCUCAAAGAACUUGAGGCAAGAAAUGAACGCACAACGCAGAGCCGCAGCAAAACCAAUGACGGCGACCGUGACCAGAAAGCGUGAUCUCAACACUGGCUCUGCUAGAGGCAGCGAGGAAAGGACAGCUCCUACAGCGCCAACUCGCGGAACCAAACGCGGAAGAGAGUACGAAGGAAUUGACAAGGAGGACGAAUUUCUUCGUCGGCCUUCAAUCAAGAUCUUCAUGCCCGACAGUCUCAAGGCAAUUCUCGUCGAUGAUUGGGAGAAGGUGACCAGAGAGAACAGACUGGUUCCGCUUCCUUCGAAAACUCCAGUAGCACAAUUCCUUGCAGACUAUUCUGCAUCUGAGGGCGCCAAGCGCAGAGAAGGCAGUGCCGAAGCAGACAUCCUCGAGGAGGUGAUUGCUGGUGUCAAGGAGUACUUCAACAAGAGCAUCGGACGCAUCUUGCUAUACCGCUUUGAGCGUCCUCAGUGGUCCGACAUCCAUGCUCAGCUUAACAAGGGCACUGGAGACUUGACCGGCAAACUUCCCACUGACAUCUACGGAGUAGAACAUCUGUGCCGUUUGUUUGUCUCCAUGCCGGAUUUGAUUGCCCAUACCAACAUGGACUCUCAGGCCGUGAGCCGUCUUCGCGAGGAGCUGCACAAGAUGACUCAAUGGCUCAGCAAGAACGCAGGCAACUACCUAUCUCAGGAGUACGAGCAGCCCACUCAAGAUUACAUCGACCGUGUCAAGUAG